AUUUUAAAAGGCUUCACGCUCAACUUGUGGUCUCGUAGAGUGCCUAUCUAACGCCAAUAAUUCGCUCUACAAGCAGCAGAAUCGCAUGUAACUUGAAACCGCUUUUGUCAUCAGCCAUUCAUUGACCUGCGCAAAACAUCGACUGAAGUAGAGACCGGCUUUCAUCGCUUUGACAGUUCUUGCCGUGUCAACUUUGCGGCAUAUGUUAUUGUUGUUUAUUUUACGCGAAACAUCAUAAUUAACAAAAUCAUCGCUUUUAGUGCAAUUAUGUUAGUUUUGAAUCGGAGAAAACAUAAUUUUUAAAGUGUAUCAUUCACCUCAUACACAAAUCAGCAUCUGUGAUCUUGCCAAUGAACAGCCCGAAAGUGCAAUAAUUCUCGUAAAUUUUGAACGAUGACUGCCAUCUUGGGUGCUGGCAUCAGCGGUCUUUCCGCUGGAUACUAUUUGCUCAAAAAAGGCCUCCCCAGCCCAACCGUAAUCUAUGAGGCCAGUAAUCGCAUCGGCGGCUGGAUCCGUACUGAUCGAUUCAACGAGGAUGGUUUCGUGUUCGAAGCAGGGCCACGCACCAUACGCCCCAAAGGUCCGGCCGCCAGCAAUACGCUUGACCUGAUCGAGGAAGUGGGACUUGCCGACGAAGUAUACCCCAUAUAUUCUAAUCACGUUGCCGCCAGAAAUAGGAUGAUCUACGCAAAGGGCAAGCUCAACAUGCUGCCGUCGGACUUGUCCGGUGUCCUGAAAACGGUUCCGCCUUUUACGAAACCGUUGUUCUUCGCGGGGUUCAAAGAUAUAUUUGCGGGCCGAUCCAAGGUUCCCCUGGAGGACGAAUCGAUGUACAGCUUUGUGGAGCGAAGGUUCGGCAAGGAAAUCGCCGACUAUGCGGUUAGCUCGAUGCUGUGCGGAAUCUGUGCCGGAGAUGCGAAACAGAUCAGUGUGAAAUUUCUGAUGAAGAGUUUGUUCGAAAUGGAACAGAAGCACGGUGGUGUCGUCAAGGGAAUGCUGAAGGAAGCUAUGAAUAAAAAGGGGAAGAAGGAUGGAGCGAAGGAAUCGAUUUCUGCGUUGGCGAAGAGGGCCAAGUCGGAGAACUGGAGUAUUUAUUCGAUACACGGAGGCUUGCAGACACUUCCGGACAGGUUGGGGACAGUUCUGCACAAGAAUGGGGUCGGAAUCGAAACCGACGUGAAGUUUGAGGAGAUCAUGUUUGACGGGGGUAAAGUUCAAUUGAAGGUUGACGGACAAGAUCGAGUCGUAGACCAUCUGAUAAGUAGUAUUCCGAGUUAUAAACUUGCAAAGAGGGUGUCCUCGCAGCAUCCUGAACUCUCUAAAGAACUUGCAGCGAUUCCUUACGUGGAUGUUGCUGUGAUAAAUCUUUGCUAUAAAACCCCCGAUCUUCAAAAGCACAAGGGUUUUGGAUUUCUGGUUCCACCGAUCGAAAAUCUGCCGAUUUUGGGAGUGAUCUUCGACAGCUGCUGCUUCGAUAUGGACGACAAUACGGUUCUAACCGUUAUGAUAGGCGGUGCUUGGUUCGAGAAGUGGUUCGGAAGUAAUCCCGACGAAGAGCUGCUUCUAGACGUGGCACUGAAAAAUGUGAAUAGAAUUUUGGACAUUCAACAAGCGCCGGAUGCGUACAAGGUGAACCUUUUGAGGAAAUGCAUUCCACAGUACGUGGUUGGCCACCAUAAGCGAGUGGAAGGCAUAAGAGCUUACAUUCGUGAUCACAAACUGCCACUAGGGUUGUGUGGAGCUUCGUACGAUGGCGUAGGAGUCAACGACGUGAUUCUGUCUGCCAGGAAGUGCGUUGAAGAACAGGUUAAAAGCAAAUAAUAUAUGUUAUUUUGACACAUUUUUCUGA